CUCUUUUUCUUGCCCCUCUCCCUCCAAAUCAUUAAAUCAGUACCCCAAAAACCCAAGCAGUUCGGGAAACCGUAAAACGACCCGAUCCAGAACCCUAAAUGGCGUCGACAUCGGCAUCUCGCUCCGACGGCGUCAUUGGCAGAAUCAGACGCGCCGCUUCCAAUCUUUACUCCGAUAAUCAAACGCUUGUCACCGAUAUAAGAAAAUCUUUGAAUUUUAUGAGGGAAAUCGCGGUGGAUUUAGAGAGAGAUAAUCAAACUGAGAUGGUGAAGCAGCUCGAAGAUGCUGUUGUUGAACUGGUAGAAGCUCAUGAAAACUGCCUACAUUAUUCAUCAGCUAUUCAAUCUGUUGGAGAUGCAUACCAACCUGGGACUGAGUUAACUGAUUUUAAGAAGUUGCUUGAUACCGAGUUUGAAAAGGUCAAGGCUAGUUCAUCUUCAAGUCCACAGAAUCAUCCAUUGAUACAUCAGUUCCGGCAAGCUGUCUGGAAUGUUCAUCAUGCUGGACAGCCAAUGCCAGGUGAAGAGCAGGAGGAUAUUGUCUUGACCAGUACGGAGAGCAAUAUUAAGAAUCUUAAAUGUCCAUUGACUGGAAAGCCUAUUACUGAACUAACAGAACCAGUUCGCAGCGUGGACUGCAAGCAUAUUUACGAAAGGAAUGCUAUCCUGGACUUCAUAAAAUCCAAGCGUGGCAAUGCUAAAUGCCCCGUAUCAGCUUGCCCUAAGAUGCUGCAGGCGAAAAAAGUUACCUGCGACCCAUUGUUACUCUUUGAGAUUGAGGAGCAGCGCUCAUUGAGUGAAGAGACUGCUAGAACUGGUGUGAUAGAAGAUUUUACAGAGAUGGAGGCCUCAUGAGGAAGAGAGUCCAUGAUGGAAGCAGUUAUGCAACAUUCCCGGUUUGAUAUCAUGAUUGAGUCACUGUGGUCUCCUAGCUGAUUAGAUUUCCUUUGUACAGUCUUAAUACAUAGAAGUGUAAUUAUGCACCUUUCUUACCGUAAUCACUUUCUUCUUUCUUCUUUUGA